AUGCUCUUGGACGCAGGACCACAGUAUCCCACCAUAGGAGUCACUACUUUCGGCUCCUCACGGCAUCACUCAACAGGCGAAGUCACAGAGAGAGAAGUGGCGUUGGGGAUAAAUCCGUUCGCAGAUGGGAUGGGCGCCUUCAAAAUAAACCACAGCUCCCACGAUAUUGGCUCCGGACAAACGGCGUUUUCCUCCCAGGCGCCCGGCUACGCGGCAGCCGCUCUGGGACACCAUCACCACCCGACCCACGUUGGCUCUUACUCCACGGCGGCUUUCAACUCCACCAGGGACUUUCUCUUCCGAAAUCGGGGCUUCGGGGACGCCACCGGGGCGCAGCACAGUUUGUUCGCCUCCGGAAGUUUCGCAGGGCCACAUGGACACUCGGAUGCAGCGGGGCACCUGCUCUUCCCAGGGCUCCACGAGCAAGCGGCGAGCCAUGCGUCUUCCAAUGUGGUCAACAGCCAGAUGCGGCUGGGCUUCUCGGGGGACAUGUACGGACGCGCCGACCAGUAUGGCCACGUUACAAGCCCGCGGUCCGAUCACUACGCUUCGACCCAGCUGCACGGCUAUGGCCCCAUGAACAUGAAUAUGGCCGCACACCACGGAGCCGGGGCCUUCUUUCGAUACAUGAGGCAGCCCAUCAAACAAGAGCUCAUCUGCAAGUGGGUCGAGCCGGAGCAGCUGACGAAUCCCAAAAAGGCGUGCAACAAAACUUUUAGCACGAUGCACGAGCUUGUGACCCAUCUGACGGUGGAGCAUGUGGGGGGACCAGAGCAGACCAACCACAUCUGCUUCUGGGAGGAAUGCGCCAGAGAAGGAAAGCCAUUCAAAGCCAAAUACAAACUUGUAAAUCAUAUCAGAGUACACACCGGAGAAAAGCCCUUUCCGUGUCCGUUCCCCGGCUGUGGCAAAGUAUUUGCUCGAUCGGAAAAUCUAAAAAUUCACAAAAGGACUCACACCGGUGAGAAGCCUUUCAAGUGUGAGUUUGAAGGCUGCGACAGGCGAUUUGCAAACAGCAGUGACCGCAAGAAACACAUGCACGUCCACACGUCGGACAAACCCUAUCUCUGCAAAAUGUGCGACAAGUCAUACACACACCCCAGCUCCCUGCGAAAACACAUGAAGGUCCACGAAUCCACCAACCCAGGACCGCAGCCAUCUCCAGCGGCCAGUUCAGGGUACGAGUCCUCCACACCUCCCACCAUAGUAUCACCGUCCACAGAGAACCAGAGCAACAGCUCCAUAUCACCAGCAGCCUCAGCAGUACACCACACAACCAGCCACAGCACGCUGUCGUCAAAUUUCAAUGAAUGGUACGUGUAAAUAUUUUUGACAAAAGAAAAGAGGAAACAGACUGCAGAAUUUAAAAAAACUGCUUGGAAUCAAAGACUUUGUAAAAGUCAGCCAGUGAAACAUGGACUGAGAAAACACGGGAGGCCCGAACGAUCAAUUAAAGGCUGUCUUAAUGUCAAUGAAAGAGAAUGCAUGGACAAAAAGGAGGCGAGGACAAGCCACCGAGUUAAACUCCCCCCCCCCCCCCCCCCACCCCUCAAUAUUUCUUUGAGU